AUGUCAAAUGGGACCACGUUUGCUGAUAAAAAUAGUGAAUUUGAGAAUUUGGAUGGUGAUGGGUCUGAUGAUUCUCAGUUGACGAAGAGGAGUGUUGAUGGGUUUGGAUCAAAUGUGAGUCCCAAACAAAUUAGGGAAAAUAUUGAGCUCAUUAGGAACGAUGAGGAUGAGACUAUGGUUUCUGAUGAAACUAAUGGAUUCGAGAAUUUGGACAGUGUUGGGUCUGAUGAUUCUCAGAUGAAGAAGAGAAAGGUUGAUGGGGUUGAAUCAAACGCCAUUCCCAAACAAUUUUCUAAAAUUGUUGAGCUCAUUAGGAGUAAUGAGAAUGACCUAGAGUCGAAGUUGAAUGUAAUUGGUGCAAGUCUUUCUGUUAGAUCUGUUAGUGAGGUAUUUCGGGUUCUGAAUCUUGCUAGAGUAUCUGGAUUGCGUUACUUUGAGUGGGUUCUAGGUAGAAAUCGGCAGCUGUAUUAUAAUGCUGAUGUUUGUAGUUUGAUUAUUGAUAAUUGCGGGCGGUUAGAUGAUUAUGAGACAAUGAUUUGUUUGUUGAAGAAUUUUAGUACACAUCGAAUUUGCCUCACUGAAAAGGCAUUUGGGUUUUUGCUGGUUUUGGGUUCGAAUAAGGAUUUGGUCAAAGGAUCUAUAGAGAGAGUGAUAAAUGUGUUAAAUGAAGCUGGGGGUUCAUGUCGUGGGUCUGGUAUUUGGGCAUUGAUUAAGAUGUUUGUUUCGCAGGACUCAUUUGAAAUGGCCGAGUUUGUGAUGGGAAAAACAGAGAGGAAGGUGUCCUAUUACAAUAUUUUCAUUCGUGAGAAGUGUCGGAAAUGCCACUUUGAAGAAGCACUUGGUAUGCUAGAAGAAAUGAGACAAUUCGGUUGUGAGCCAAAUGUUACAACCUACAACUACCUCCUUAGCAGUUUGUGUAAGAAUGAGAGGUUAGCUGAAGCUUGUAGUGUGCUCGAAGAAAUUCAAGAAAAGGGUUGUCAUCCCGAUGCGUUAACCUUUGAAAUAUUUAUUUAUUACUCAUAUAGGCUUGGCAAGAUCGAUAGUGCAGUUCAGUUUCUUGAUCGGAUGGUGUCUGUUGGUCUUGAACCUCGGCCACAAACCCAUGCUGCCUUUAUCAAAGGUUAUUUCAAUUUGGGGAAAUAUGAGGAGGCACACCAGUAUGUAAUUGAUACGGGUGUCAAGUAUGAGCACUCGAGCAAUAUGAAUUACAGUUUGCUUGCAAGUCUUCAUGAGAGAGAAGGAAAGCUCAGUGUUGCCAUAGACAUUCUAAUCGAAAUGAUGGACAAGGGUCUCAAACCACAAUUUUCACUUUAUAGGAGAAUUUUGAAGAGGCUGCAAAACUCUAGCCAAGCGAGAAGUGUAGCGAGAGAUUUGGUAGGAAGGUUCUCUAGAUUGAGAUCAGAAUCAUCAGAGUAA